AUGGUCCGAAUCGACUUUCGGAGUGGCUGCCUCCAGAUCUUUCCCGGCACACAAGACGAUAACUCCACCAGAGAUCAGGACAGCCCAAGUGCUUACAUUGAGAUUAGAGACGGUGCACUUUACAUCACUCCCAACAUGGGGAACAACAUCAGCGUGCGGGAGAUUGUGGCGGCAGAUGCAAGCCGGGACAGAGACUAUGGCCACCCCGCCAGGCAAAAGGCCGUCACAGAAGGGCGGAGGGAAGCAAAGAGGGAGUCGGAGCAGCGGCUCAAUGCCCAACCGAACGACUUCCCUGCCAUUGAGGCUGCUCUGUCGUCUAACAUUCUCUUUACCAGGCUGGCAAACACGCAGCAGCUACAGGUGCUGAGUCGCAUGUACGAGAAAGAAGUGAAACGAGGUGAGGUCCUCAUCCGGGAGGGCGACUCAGGAGCUGAUGCAGAUGAGAUGUACGUUGUCAAAAGCGGGCACUUCGAGAUCACCAAGGACGUGCACGGCGUCCAGAAGCGCAUCGUCACAAAGGGCCCCGGGGACUACUUCGGCGAGCUGGCGCUCAUGUACAGCACGCCGCGCGCGGCUACGCUUACGGCGCUGAGCAACGCCGUGGUGUGGGUGCUGGACCGCAGCACGCUGCGCCAGAUCCUGCGCGAGGUGUCGGCCGCGCAGGUGGAGGAGAUCAUGCGCUUCCUGGACAGCGUGCCCGUGCUCGCAACGCUCAGCCGCGCCGAGAGGCUGCGCCUGGCGGACGCCAUGGAAGAGAUCUCGUACAACCCCGGCGAGACGGUCAUCCGCGAAGGCGAGAAGGGCGAGCUGUUCUACAUCAUUAAAGCAGGAGAGGGCAUCGUCACAGUGAGCAAGAGCUCCGCGUCCGGCCAAAGAGGGGCCCAGCAAAAGGUGAACCACCUGUACAAGGCGGACUUCUUUGGCGAGCGCGCGCUCUUCACGUCGGAGCCGCGCACGGCCACCGUGAUCGCGUCCGGGACGUCGCCCCUCACCUGCCUGACGCUCAAGCGCAACGUGUUUGUCGAGGUCCUGGGCCCUCUCCAGAAUCUCAUGGUCCGGGAGAAGAUCGACAUGGACCCGUCCCGGUCGGAGAAGCUGGAGGAGCCCGCCAAGGCGGACGCGCACCAGGUGUCGCUGAAGCACCUGGUGGAGCUGGAGAAGCUGGGCAGCGGGGCGUUCAGCGUGGUGUACCACGUGCGGGACGAGAGCACGCGGCGCGAGUACGCGUUGAAGAAGAUGCGCAAGACGGACCUGAUGGGCUGCAGCGAGCACGUCUUCUGCGAGCAGCACAUCACGCGCCUCAUCGAGAACCCCUUCGUCGUCAAGCAGUACGCCUCCUUCCAGGACUCCAAAUACCUCUACUUGCUCUUGGAUUAUUUGCCGGGCGGUGACCUGAUGGACUCUCUCGUGGCCUGCGCGGAGGUCAAGUCAAUGCGGUUGGGCAUGUGGUGCCUUAGCCCCAAAGUGGACGUCUUGCAGGGCAUGAAAGAGCCGAUGUGCCGCUUCUACACGGCGUGCCUGGUGCUGGCCCUGGAGUACCUGCAUGGCAACAGCAUCGUCUACCGGGACCUCAAGCCCGAGAACGUCAUGCUGGACCGAGACGGCUACAUCAAGCUCGGCGACUUCGGCUUUGCCAAGGUGCUGUCUGGCAUUGACCGCACCUACACGUUUUGCGGGACGCCCGGCUACGUUGCGCCGGAGAGCGUGCUGGCGAGAGGCUACGGCACGGGUGUUGACUGGUGGGGCCUGGGCGUGGUACUGUACGUGUUGCUGACGGGCCGUCAGCCGUUCGGCGAGCCGACGGAGGAUCCGAUGGUGGUGAUGAACCGCAUCGUGGAUCCGACGUACGAGGUGUACUACCCCAGCUUCAUGUCCAAGAACGCCAUCAACCUCAUCCAGCGCUUCCUCGAGAGGAAGCCCGCCAAGCGCCUCGGCAACCUCAGCGGCCGCGCCAAGGAUGUGAAGGAGCACCCCUGGUUCGCGGGGCUGGACUGGAACGCGCUCGCGCGGAAGCAGCUGAAGCCGCCGCCCGCGGCCAUCCGGGACCGCAAGUCGCACGGCGACGUGGACGACCACCUGGACGAUAUUGAGGACGACCCGCAGCAGCUGCGGGAAGCGCAGAGAAUAUUCCGAGACUUUUGA